AUGCCUUCUCAACCCCCGCUUCCGCACCUCCUUGUGCCUUACUUAUCAGACCAAACUGACUCCUCAUUGACGUUGAUCUCUUCUAUCCUGGGUGCUACAUCUAAUUGGCUCGUACUGAGGUUCCUACAUGCGGCCCUCAGUUCUUCAUCAAGCCCCCAUAUGCCAAUCGGGGUGGAGGAUCAGUACGACGGCAAGAAAAGGAAGGUCGUUCUCGUGAGCUUUAUGCGAGGCUGGGAGUUCUGGAAGUCCGAAGCUAAGCGAUUGGGCCUUGAUCUUACUCGGUUGUCAAGCAAGCAGCAAUUUACAUUUGUGGAUGGUCUUUCAGAGCUAUUUAGCCUCCCACAAAACACAAAAACCCGCUUGCCUGCUCAACAUGCGGGGGCUCCAGCACGUACAGCAUUGCCACUUCGAUCCCAAUCAGCAGUGCCGGAUAGAAUGCCACCACAAGCCACACCAGCAGAUCAGACCAGCAGCCGCGGAAGCACAGAGCCCAUUGCGAAGAAACUGCAUUUCUCAGGACACGGAAUUACAGCCUUGAAUGCUCUGGGACGUGACAUCCAAACCGUUAUCGAGAAGCAGAAGAUUUCGCAAGAUGACGAAAUCCUUCUGAUAAUUGACCAACCGGACUUGCUUCUCGCCUCCACAGGCCCAAGCCAGGCGAUAGGAGCUACAGAGAUGAUGAAUUGGUUGACUGGUUUACAGUUGGACGUGCAUUCGACAGUCUUGACUUUGGCUGCCGACUCGCCGCUUCUACACAAUGCAUCGGCCUCGAGCAAUCAAAUGGCGAACCCGACAGAGGCCGAACAUGCAGCGUUUUCUAUUGGGUUGGCGCAUCGGGCACGGUCGGUCAUGCAGCUCCGUACUCUGGAGACAGGAGCCGCAAGAGAUGUGAGUGGGGUGUUGCGGAUCAGCCGUGGUGGUGGCUGGACCGUUGGAGACGACAACCUAGACGAAAGGGAGUUGCUGUUCUACAUCCAACGAGACGGUGGAGUCCGAGUGUUUGGGCGCGGGGAGUCUUGA